AUGGCGACGACCGAGGCCCCUGCCGCGCCUGCCCAGCCCGCGGCGGCCACCACCACGCCAGCCCAGCACUCGUCGCUCUACGUGGGCGAUUUGGAUCGGGAGGCUACUGAGGCGUCGCUGUUUGAGCUCUUCUCUCAGGUCGGCCCAGUGGCGUCGAUCCGCGUGUGCCGCGACGCGGUGACGCGCCGCUCCCUGGGCUAUGCCUACGUCAACUACAACAGCGCCCUGGACCCCCAGGCCGCCGAGCGCGCCCUGGAGGCCCUCAACUACCACCCGGUCAAUGGCAGGCCCAUCCGCAUCAUGUGGUCCCACCGCGACCCCGCCUUCCGCAAGUCUGGCGUGGGCAACAUCUUCAUCAAGAACCUGGACAAGUCCAUCGACAACAAGGCCCUGCACGACACCUUCAGCCAGUUUGGCAACAUCCUGUCCUGCAAGGUGGCGACGGACGCGGCCAGCAACUCCAAGGGCUACGGCUUUGUGCACUACGAGACCGACGAGGCCGCGGCCCUCGCGAUCGAGAAGGUGAACGGCAUGCAGCUGGCGGACAAGAUUGUGUACGUGGGCCCCUUCCUGAAGCGCGUGGAGCGCGUGGGCGAGGGCCGCGAGGAGCGGUACACCAACGUGUACAUCAAGAACCUCGCGGAGGACGUGGACGACGAGGGGCUGCGCAAGAUCUGCGCGGAGCACGGGCCCGUGACCUCGGCCGUCGUCAUGGUGGACGGCGCCGGCAAGUCGCGCGGCUUUGGCUUUGUCAACUUUGAGACGGCCGAGGCCGCGGCCACCGCGGUGGAAGCGCUCAACGGCAAGGAGGUCGGCGGCAAGACCGUGUUCGCGGGGCGUGCCCAGAAGAAGGCGGAGCGCGAGUCGCUGCUGCGCGCCAAAUUUGAGGAGGUGCGUGCUGAGCGCGUGGCCAAGUACCAGGGCAUGAACCUGUACAUCAAGAACCUCAGCGACGAGGUGACUGAUGACCAGCUGCGCGAGGAGUUUGCGCCCUACGGCACCAUCACAUCCCACAAGGUCAUGGUGGACGACAAGGGCAAGUCGCGCGGCUUUGGCUUUGUGUGCUACACCAGCCACGAGGAGGCGACGCGCGCGGUCACGGAGAUGAACGGCAAGAUGCUCAAGGGCAAGCCGCUCUACGUGGCCCUCGCGCAGCGCAAGGAGGCGUUGUGA